UCAAUCACACGAGCAAACAUGGAAAGAAAUAGCAAGCUCCUGAUAAACGGACCCAUUUCUAGGAUCUAUUUAGUCUCUGUCAUUUUCACCUCGGUGUCAUUUCAGUGUGUUUUGUGUCUCUUGUAUGUGCUAAUUUAAGAUUAGAUAAGAUAGACUUUAUUUUCCCACUGAGAUAUUUGCUCUGGACAUCACCAUCUCCAUACAGUAAUGCACAAAUACAGUUUACAUCCUAACAUUUCUCUAACGUGGGAUCCAUUAAGUUUUAUCUUGUAAAAAAAAAAACCCAAUCAAAUGCAUUCAUCCAUCUCAUUCUCAUAUACAAAGAUUAACUUUAUAUAGAGAGAGCAAUACAAAGUGAUCAACGACAAUAUACACAUAUUUCCUGGGAGUAGUCAUGGGCCCUGGUAACUGAAGUGAAACCAUGUUAUUUAAACAGGUUAAUAGUAAUAAAUACUGAAUUUAACAUGUUAAUUUACUUUAGCAAGGAUACAACUGAGGGGACAGGAAAGUAACACAACAAUACAAACCUCCAGCCAGUGAGCAAAACAAGUCCAACAGCUUUUUAUCAACACGUUUUAAUGACAACAGAUGUUGAAAGGAACUCGUGUUAAAAAAACAACACUUCUGCAACACUGUCAAACGAUGGCAGCGUGAUUAAACUAGUUACAUCGAUCUAAACUGUUUUUAUAUUAUUGUUCAUGUUGUUAUCUGACUAAAGCUGAAGUAGUGAUUUUGUAUGAGAAGCAAAAUGUCCACACUGGGUCUGGCUGCCCUGCCCGCUGACCCACCAUCAACAACUGGGAACAAACACGUCAAUUCUCCGGGUACCGGGUAGCUCCGGCUAAUGUUAAUCUUCACACCCUCGGAUCAAACUGUCGAACUGAGUCGAUAAAACAAACCCGUGUUGAUAUCGACUCACAACAUUCAUUUCUCAUCAAGUCCAGUGUGGAAAUAAAGAUGAAAACUUUAACCGACUGACGUCACCCUCGGUGUUAGAGCGGCGAGCCGCGCAGCUCCCUUUGUGGGGGAGACAAAAGGGCUCGACACCGAGGCCUUCGCCCAGCCCCGGAGCCGCGGUCUCACCUACAGCAGCCUCGCCGACCCCGGGAGCGCUAGCGCGGACUUACCUGCACCAGACAGGCCCCGGGACGCUCAGCAGUCACGUUGUUUACGUUGACGUCACAGGUCUCCCUGACAACUGAACUUGACAGCUGUUCACCAAAGAAACAUGGUCAGGGAAGAUGUUAAUCCACUCAGACUGACCGAAGACCUCAACACCAACCAGGGAGACAUGGGCCUGUUGUCCAUUCUACGGAGGCUGAAACAGUCCCCAGAUCAGGAGGUGCGCUUACUCUUGUUAGGUCUAGACAACGCUGGGAAGACCACUCUGCUGAAACAGCUGGCAGCCGAAGAUAUCAGCCACAUCACCCCAACUCAAGGCUUCAAUAUAAAGUGUGUUCAGUCUUCUGGCUUCAAGUUGAAUGUUUGGGACAUUGGAGGUCAGCGCAAGAUCCGUCCUUACUGGAGGAACUACUUUGAGAACACAGACGUGCUGAUCUAUGUGAUUGACAGCUCGGACAAGAAAAGGUUUGAAGAGACAAGUUUGGAGCUGGCUGAGUUGUUGGAUGAGGAGAUGCUUGCUGCCGUGCCACUGCUAAUCUUUGCUAACAAGCAGGACCUGAUGACAGCCACCCCGGCCUCUGAGCUGGCAGAGAGUCUCAAUCUGCACACGAUCCGGGAUCGCAUGUGGCAAGUCCAGGCCUGCUCAGCAAUCACUGCUGAGGGAAUUCAGGAUGGGAUGACCUGGGUUUGCAGAAAUAUAAAGUUUCGGAAGAAAUGAUUGAAGAAGCAAAGGAUCCCCAAAAUUGCAGUUGCACUUUACACUUGACCCAUGCAGUUAUUUUAACAUCAGGACGAGAAGCUGACAGAUUGUUUUUUUUAAUAUUCCUGUCAAUGCACAUCUUUGAAAUGUAAAUACUGUUUAAAUGAUGUUUAGUUCUGCUGCUCUGCAUGCAUUGUUUGUAAUGUGGAGUUUUUUAAUAUAUAGGUAUGGAGACAGGUAAGAGUUGCAUGCCUGUGAUUCUCACAAGUUGAAGCUAGAGGGCGGUCUUGUGCUGGCUUUGUCUCUCACUGCCUAAUGCUGAAUUAUUAACAUUAUCUGCUUCCCGUCAGUGAUGUGGCUUCCUGUGCCAUAUUUGAUUUGUUCAUUCAUAAUCACCAACUAUUUCUCAACUCAACACUGUAUGUUCUUCUGCCAACAGCAUUGUGAAAUGGAUUAAAAACCAUCUACAAAGACAUUAAUCAACAGUCA